GGCUAGAGGGAGGGUUUCGGUGUGGGAGCGUGUCGGAGGUGGGGAAGCAAUGCACACAGGGCUCGGAAUGCACUUCAGCAGGCUGGAGGUCGUUUAACCUGUAUCCCCGAGGUUCCCGGGGGUCGGGGGAUUGUACUGAUUCCUACCCUGAUACGAGUGGCAUGCUGUGGUUGUAAACGAAUGGCAUCCGGGCUGCGUUUGUGACCGUGUUAUACUCUGGAGUAGCAGAAUGGACGAAGAGGAAGAAACUGCUACUCCAAGUCUGCAAGCACCUGUGGAACAGAUCAAGGAAAUUACAGAACACAGCUCCAUAAUCGUAAACCGUACGCACACGAGGAAAGCAUUCAAGGUCAUGAAUGAACUGAGAAGCAAACACUUGCUCUGUGAUGUGAUAAUUGUUGCUGAAGACACAGAGAUUGAAGCCCACCGGAUUGUCUUGGCUGCCUGCAGUCCGUAUUUUUGUGCAAUGUUCACAGGAGAAAUGGCCGAAAGCAAAGCCAAAAAAGUUGAAAUAAAAGAUGUGGACAGGCACACACUGGGUAAACUAAUUGAUUACAUCUACAAUGCAGAGAUCGAGAUAACAGAGGAGAAUGUACAGGUCCUAUUGCCAGCAGCCAGUCUCUUACAGUUAAUGGAUGUCCGUCAAGCAUGUUGCAAUUUUCUGCAGUGCCAGCUGGAUCCAACCAACUGUUUAGGAAUCCGUGCAUUUGCCGAUGUGCAUACCUGCACUGAGCUUUUAGACCAGGCCAAUGCAUAUGCAGAGCAGCAUUUUCCUGAUGUCAUGUUAAGUGAAGAAUUUCUCGGUCUUAAUCUGGACCAGGUGUGCAGUUUAAUUUCAAGUGAUAAGCUCACAGUUUCCUCAGAAGAAAAGGUUUUUGAAGCUGUUAUUUCUUGGAUUAAUUAUGAUAAGGAGGCGCGUCUGGACCACAUGGCUAAACUAAUGGAGCACGUGAGACUACCUCUCUUACCCAGAGACUAUCUUGUUCAGAGAGUUGAAGAGGAAGCUUUAAUAAAGAACAACAACAUUUGCAAAGAUUUCCUUAUUGAGGCUAUGAAGUACCAUUUACUUCCUUUGGAUCAGAGACAGCUAAUAAAGAAUCCAAGAACAAAACCAAGGACACCUAUUAGCCUGCCAAAGGUUAUGAUAGUAGUUGGGGGACAAGCACCCAAGGCCAUUAGAAGUGUUGAAUGUUAUGACUUCGAGGAAGAUAGAUGGUAUCAGGUAGCAGAGCUGCCAUCUCGACGGUGCAGGGCAGGUGUGGUAUACGUGGCCGGGAAGAUAUAUGCAAUAGGAGGUUUUAAUGGCUCAUUACGUGUAAGGACGGUGGAUGUGUAUGAUGCUGUGAAGGACCAUUGGACUGCUAUUGCUAGUAUGCAGGAAAGACGAAGCACUUUGGGUGCAGCAGUAUUAAAUGAUGUCCUGUAUGCUGUUGGUGGAUUUGAUGGAAGUACAGCAGGAUUAUCAUCUGUAGAGGCCUACAACGAUAAAACGUGCGAGUGGUAUUUUGUGGCUCCAAUGAAUACGAGGAGGAGUAGCGUUGGAGUGGGAGUUGUGAACGGCAAGCUCUAUGCUGUUGGAGGCUAUGACGGGGCAUCACGCCAGUGUCUUAGCUCAGUUGAAGAGUAUAAUCCCUUAACAAAUGAAUGGCGCUAUGUAGCAGAUAUGAGCACACGGCGAAGCGGUGCAGGUGUUGGUGUGCUAAAUGAACACCUGUAUGCUGCAGGUGGGCAUGAUGGACCACUAGUAAGGAAAAGUGUUGAAGUGUAUGAUUCAGUAAGUAAUACCUGGACACAAGUUGCAGAGAUGAACAUGUGCCGAAGAAAUGCAGGUGUCUGUUCAGUUAAUGGUUUGCUUUAUGUGGUUGGUGGAGAUGAUGGUUCCUGUAACUUGGCCUCAGUGGAGUACUAUAACAAUACUACUGACAAAUGGACAUUGUUGCCAAAUAAUAUGAGCACUGGAAGAAGUUAUGCAGGUGUCUCUGUGAUGGAUAAGCUUCCUUGAGUCUACAGGUAGUCAUUUAGAAGAAUAACCUAGUACAUCAUCUUCUGGUGAAAACCUUAGAACAGUUCCAAAUGUGGAUAUUCCACAUGCCAUGUGACUGCUACCGCCUUCACCAAUAAUACUGCAGAUGGCGUAAUUUAAGAACAUUUCAUGAAAAAACAUAUUUUUUCUUCAAAACUGGAAAGAAUCCAAGGAGUUAAGACUGCAAGAUAUCAGUUCACAAGUACUACUGAUAGUGUGUGGUGUGACGAGUUCUAGACCAAAAGGCAUUUGUUCCUUGCAUUUACUGAAAGCAUCGGUUAAUGCCUACUUGACCUUAUGUUAAAAGUAAAAGUGCCAGAGCACAAUCUGCAUUUACUGUUUAUAAGAAAGUUAUCAAGAGGCCAAAAUAACCUCUUCAGCAGACAGAACAAGUUUUUAAAAGUGAAUGUAAUACAGACUUGAAAAUAACCCUCCCGUAAUGCCAUUUAUCAUAAUGCUGUGAAUCUUCAAACGCAUGCAUUUCAUAUUGUUACCUGUUUGAACCUGCAGGUCAGGAUCACAAGGUUUGCGAUUGUUGUCCUUUAUAUGUUACAUCAGUGGAGAUUUGUGUUAUUAGUACAGAUUGUGAUAGUAAGAAAGGAGCUUAAUUAUUGCUUAAAAAGAACAAAAGUGGCUUUUUAUCACUUUGACACAUAAGGUGUAGAAUGCAACUACUGGACUAAAUGCAGAAUUAAAAGAAAAGGCCUAUGUCCAUUUCCAAUUGCUGUAUUAUUCUGUACCUUACUUAAUCCCCAGACCCAGCUACUUCAAUGUUUUGCACCUCCCAUAUAUUGUCUAGAUCUAGCUUCUUUAGUGUUCAGCACUUCUCGUGUACUGUCAACAUACAGCUGCUGCAGCGUUCUGCAACUCCGGUGUACUGUCCACAUACAGUUACUGCAGUGUUCUGUAACUCUGGUGUAUUGCCCACAUACAGUUACUGCAGUGUUCUAUAACUCCGGUGUACUGUCCACAUACAGUUACUGCAGUGUUCUGUAACUCCGGUGUACUGUCCACAUACAGCUUCUGCAGCAUUCUGUAACUGCUGUGUACUGUCAACAUACAGCUACUGCAGCAUUCUGUAACUGCUGUGUACUGUCCACAUACAGCUACAGCAAUGUUCUGUAACUCACGUGUACUGUCCACAUACAGUUACUGCGGUGUUCUGUAACUCACGUGUACUGCCCACAUACAGUUACUGCAGUGUUCUGUAACUCCGGUGUACUGUCCACAUACAGCUACUGCAGAGUUCUGUAACUGCCUUGUACUGUCCACAGACAGCUACUGCAGUGUUCUGUAACUCCCAUGUACUGUCAACAUACAGUUACUGCAGUGUUCUGUAACUCUGGUGUACUGCCCACAUACAGUUACUGCAGUGUUCUGUAACUCCGGUGCACUGUCCAUAUACAGCUGCUGCAGCGUUCUGUAACUCCCAUGUACUGUCCACAUACAGCUGCUGCAAUGUUCUGCAACUCUCAUGUACUGUCCACGUACAGCCACUGCAGUGUUUUGUAACUCUGGUGUAUUGUCCACAUACAGCCACAGUAGUGCUCUGUAACUCCGGUGUACUGUCCACAUACAGUUAAUGCAGCGUUCUGUAACUCCCAUGUACUGUCCACUUACAGCUACUAUAGCAUUCCUCAACUCCCGUGUACUGUCCACACAUGGCUACUGCAGUGUUUGUAACUGAUGUGCACUGUCCACAUACAGCUACUGCAGUGUUUGUAACUCCUGUGUACUGUCCACAUACAGCUACUGCAGUGUUCUGCAACUCCCAUGUACUGUCCACACACGGCUACUGCAGUGUUUGCAACUGCCGUGCACUGUCCACAUACAGCUACUGCAGUGUUCUGUAACUGCCAUGCACUAUUCACAAACAACUACUGUAGCGUUCUGUAACUGCCGUGCACUGUCCACAUAGAGCUACUGCAGCGUUCUGUAACUCCCAUGUACUGUCCAGGUCCAUUUGUUGUACUGUCCUAUACUGCUCUUGCUGUCCUGUGAGCCUGAUAUUUUGUGUUUGCUUUGUAUAAGAGUUGACAGGGACUGAGUGUACUGCUGUAGGAGAUGUUCUUUUAUGAUUGUCUUCUUUGAUGACCAGAAGGUGAUUCCUUGCUUUUAGCUGCUAUAAUGUAAAUUGUGGUGAUAUAUGAAGUUACUGUGACAUGCACAACCAACCAGUGCAUGUUCAGGUAAGAUGACCCUUAAAGUGGAAGCUGCAAUAUGCAUGUCCAGCAAACUAAUUUAAGCAUUUAACUAGCAUAUUUUUGUUUUGUACUAAAGCAAUGUAAUUUGGCUCCACAGGUGGUUGUAUACCACAAUCCAAUUUGUUUCUUAACGUUACAGUCUAUAUUUAGAGGGAGUAGUGUAUAGUAUGAUAAAUGUGCUUUUUGGUAUGGGGUCACUUUAGAGUACCUGCUAUCACCUGUAACUCAUCUGGAAGCUCAGAAAUACAAUGCACAUCUUUUUUUUUUAAUUCUUUUCUGUUUACUAAUAAGUGGGUCUAAAUAAAUUCAUUAUCCAUCCUUAAUGGAUGGCAGUUUC